CCCUGCCAUGCCUCUGGCCUCAGCCCUCCUGCUGCUGUUGGGCCUGAGCGCCCACGGAGGCUGGGGCUGCCUGCAGUGUGACCGCUCAGUGCAGGAGGCCCUGAGACAGCUGCACUCCGCCCUCAUCCCCAAGCGCUUCCAUUUCCAGCAGCUGCUGGAGCGUGCCCAGGCCGUGCUCCUGGGCAUGGAGGGGCCUUUCUUCCGGGACUACGCUCUGAACGCGUUUGUGGGGAAAGUGGGGAUAGAUCACCUGGAUCAUGUGACGGCCUUUAUCAAGAACCAGACAAGCCACUUAAUGGUUAAUUCUCUAAGAGAUGGGCCUCUGCUAGAGGAGCUGGUGGCUCUCAGGGAGAGAGUGAUCAAGGAACUCAAGAAAGGUUUAAAAUCGUAUGAACAGAAAGCCUGCCAUCGCAAAAUUUGCCGCUUGCUAAGAGAAGAAGUCUUAGACUGUUUACAUUGCCAGAAGAUCAGUCCCAGCUGCAUUAAAAAAAAGUACUGUUUUGAAAAGUCUUCAAGUUCACCAUCUCAAAGGCUCCCUGAUCACACUCGCUAAAGUAGCACUUUCUAUCAAAUUAUGUUGACAGUGGACAUGCCUCCACAUCUGGUUUACUUAUUUAUUGCCAUGGUAUUUUUUUAAAGUUAUCUCUAUACACAAACUCACCACUGCAAGAUCAAGAGUCACGUUCUCUCCCAACUGAGGCAGUCAGGCACUCCAU